AUGGUCGAGUCUUGGCAUGAACCGACCCCGCAAACGUCAUUUCGUUUCGAAGCCGCCGAUUUGCCGACGAAAAACGUCAUCGUUUACUCAGACAGGGCUGAAGUAAAACGUGUUGUGACGACGUCUUUAGCAAAAGGAACCAACGAAAUAAUCAUACAAAAUGUAUCGGCAGUAAUUGAACGCCAGUCUGUACGUGUAGAUGGCCGUGGAGUUUUGAUUCAGGAAGUUCAAUACCAGGAGAUGCCUAUCGACACGGUGCAAGAAACGGAAAAGAUCCGAAGUUUGGAACGAGAAAAGGUAUCUGUGGAGAAUCAACGUUUCACUGUAGAAGACGACAUGAAUUCCUUACGGAAACAGAUUGAAGUUUUGGAUGGAGUGGCUGGGCAAAUAGCCGCUGGACCUCCAAAGACAUCGCAACCGCUCACGGAAUCUUUACCGAAUGUGUUUAGAAGGCAUAGUGUGGUUGGAUCGACUACUUCUUACGAAUCGUAUCAAGGAUGUUCUACCGUCGGAUUUCUUUCGAACGAUGACGCACUGAGCAAUCUGGCAAAAUUCUUAAGCUAUUACGGAGAGAAGGUGUCCGAGAUGAAAACGAGACUCAGAAGCAGACAACGCGAAUGGGACCAAUAUACAGAACAAAUCGAAGCCCUUGAAAGGCAUAUUGAUCAGCUACGAUGCGGAUACGAAUAUGAUUCUGUAAAAAGGUACAAGCACUUCUAA